CGUACCAUUCGUCCGCCGUGCGCGUACUCCCGUCGACGAUUUACAGCAGUGCCGCGCCCGUCACGGGUUUUCGCACGCGCACGAUCGCCGCCGUUCGUUCCGCUCGCGUCGUCCGUUUGCACCAGCCGCCCAGUCGUAUCCUGAUCGCCGUUCGUCCGUCUCUUUUUCUUUGCCCACGUCUCGUGCUCCUGCAGCCAUCCGUCGUACUGCCAUAAACAGCUGUCGUUCUAGCGGUCUGCGUGAACAAUCUGCCCGAAAAUGAGUGAAAUGUUUCCCUCUAAUGAGAUGUCAGACGAUGAAGAUUCUAUAAUGUUAUCUGAUGAUGAAACCAUUAGCAUCGGAGAAAUAAGUGUAGACGAUUAUUAUGACGAAAAGAAAUGUGAUGAUAAUUUUUUUAAAAUUGAAAAGACUCCUAAACAUAACGUGCCUUUGGAAUCAAAUAAUGGUGCUAACAUUGAACUUGUAGUAACCAAUAAUGAAACUUUAAGACCGUUGCAAUCUGAAAUAAUACUUGCUAGCAAAAACUUAUUAGAAGAAGUGCCGCCGCGCGUGGAGUCACCUGUGAGGGACAUACCUAAGGUUAAACGAACAUCUGCUAUCAAAGCAAGGGUUGCUAUUAUAAAAUCAAAUCCGAAAAGGAGAACCAAAAUAGCUCUGGAACGAGAAAAAAGAAGAAUUAGUAUAAUUGAGCGUGGUGGGGAACCAAAUAAAAGAAGACCAAAAAGUUUAAGGGCACACGGUUUAAUUACUUCAAAUAUCUUCAAUGAAAUUUAUAUUAGACAUGAAGAAAUGUUAAAUAUUUAUAAUUAUCUUACUUGUGUACCUGCUAGAAGAACUGUGGAUGAAAUAGUGACUAGUUAUACAAUAAGGAAAAAAGCAUGUUGGACAACUUUAGAUUAUUUUUUACACUCUUUCAACGGAGCUUUACAGCCUUGGUGCUUGCAGAAAAUUGAAAAGAUCCAAUUUCAAAACACUAAAAGAAGAUAUCCUAAUACUCCACUGAGUAAGCUUUACGGUCUUCCUCAUCUCGUACACUUUAUAGUGUCCCUUCCGCUACUAUUCCUGAAGAUGUCAGUUUAUGGACUGGAUUUUGAAAAUCAAAUGUGUGAAUUCACUAGAGGACUUAUGGCUUUUAUCGAUGAGGAAAAUAUGCACAAGGAUGUUAUAAAUUAUCAAAAUGUAAUGCCUGAAGAGUAUAGGAUGACAUAUCCUGAACGUACUAGACGACUUCUUCCCCCUCGUCAAUAUUAAGAGUUAAAUAAUGUAAUUUAAUUUAAAUUGUUCAUUAAACAGAG